AAUCUUAACAGUUGUGUUCGCCGGAGUGAUUUAUAAAGAACGUUCUUCCUUCGUGAUAAUUUUUGUAUUUCUUUUCUCCUUGUUUGAUGGUUAAUAUUUUCAUGCCACGGUAAAAAAUUAUCGAAACGUGGAAGGUUAACGUACUAUGAACCGUCUGGAUGAUCCUCCAGGUCUCAUGAAAGGCAGAAAACCAUCUUUUAUCGGAAUGAACGGAGGUACGGAAACAGACGACCAACAGCGUCUAAGGUUCCAAGUUGAACUGGAAUUCGUUCAGUGUCUUGCAAAUCCAAAUUAUUUAAACUUUUUAGCACAACGUGGUUAUUUUAAGGAUACCACAUUUAUAAACUACCUCAAGUAUCUUCUCUAUUGGAAAGAGCCAGAAUAUGCUAAAUAUUUGAGAUACCCCAUGUGUUUGUACUUCUUAGACUUAUUGCAAUACGAACACUUUAGAAGAGAAGUCGUCAACUCACAAUGCACCAAGUUUAUAGACGAUCAACAGAUUUUACUUUGGCAACAUUAUACUAGACGUAGGACAAGACUUUUACAGACUGCAGCGGAGCAGACCCAACAUGUCAAUCCACAAAAUAAUGGUAUUGUACAACCUAAAGUUCCUUGAAAGAGAGCCAUGUCUGGUAAUAAAAAAACUUAACAAUAUACAUUUUAGAAGAUAUGACUUAGAAAUAUUUCUUUGUAUUGUAAUUUCUUUUAUGGACUGUUUUGUUAAUCAUGUUGCCAAACUGUGAUAUAUUUCGAAUAAAAUACUUAUCUGCAUUUAA